ACCAAAGUCUUCGGUCAGGAGCGCGCAUUUCGGACACUUUAGUCAAAGAUUAUAAGUGUAUGGAUUGCAACUCGAAGCGCAACUUCAGCAACAUUUUAAAAUAUUGAUACUUAUUCCUUUAUUAUUAUUUGACUUCACUAAAUCCUAGUCCAUAUGGCUCGUUUCUCAAGCAUGGACGACAAGUGUGCUGUUUUACAUUUAUCCCGUCUGCGUCUGGACGACUUAAACUUGGAUCAUCUCGCGGACAGUAAAAGAAAACAAAUCCAGCAGCUCCAUCUCACUUAUAAUCGUUUAUCGUGUCUUCCACCUUCUGUCUGUUUUCUUUCUAACCUGGAAUAUCUGGAUAUGAGCAAUAAUGCGCUCACGGUCAUACCAGAUGACUUUAUGCGACUUACAAACCUAAAGACGUUUGUGGCAAAGAACAAUCUUCUGAACGAGUUCUCGUUCCCUAAGGAGUUCGAGCGCAUGCAGGUAGAAACUCUGAAUAUGAGUGGAAACAGGUUUGAGGAUAUUCCCAUACAGUUCCUAAAAAUGACUACACUGCAGUCCCUGUCACUUGGAGGAAACAGAUUGAAGAACAUCCCUUCAGAAAUAGAGAACCUGGCCAGUCUAGAGAUGCUGUAUUUGGGAGGUAACCUCAUCUCCUCCAUCCCACCUGAAGUGGCUAACCUCACCAGUCUGAGAUACCUGGUUCUGUGUGACAAUCGCAUCCAAAGCAUACCCCCCCAACUCAACAAACUACACUCCCUGCUCUCUCUCAGUCUCCACAACAACCUGCUGACCUUCCUCCCUCGUGAGAUCCUCAGCCUCGUCCACUUGCAGGAGCUCAGUCUCCGUGGAAAUCCUCUUGUUGUGCGCUUUAUCAAGGACAUGACCUACGACCCCCCAUCACUUAUAGAGCUAGCAGGACGCACGGUCAAGUCCCAAAACCUUCCGUUCCGCUCGUGUGACCUACCGUCCAAUCUGAUCCAUUAUUUAAACCUGGCUAGUGAAUGUCCCAACCCAAAGUGUGCAGGUGUUUAUUUCGACUCGUGUGUGAGGCACAUCAAGUUUGUGGAUUUCUGUGGGAAGUACCGCCUGCCGCUCAUGCAUUACCUCUGUUCCCCGCAGUGUUCCUCUCCCUGCAGCUCAAACCCACAGAGCGACGCAGAGUCAGAGGAGGAGAACAGUGUCCCCGCAGACAGACUCCAGAGAGUACUGCUGGGAUAGGACAAACCUCAAAUCUGUCACAGGACUUUCAUUAAACACUUUUAGCGACUCAACAAAAAAGCACUGCAUGGCUAUAUAGUUUAACUGUGAUUAAUAGAGGUAGGUUUGAACUGUAAAUCAAAGUUUAUUAGGUUUAAAGGGAUAGUUCAUUGUUCUCACCCUCAUGUCACUUCUAACUCACGUGUAUAUAUAUAUUUUUAUGACUUUUGAGACUGUAUAUAAUCAAAUUAAUGUUCUUUUAUUGUGUUUUCGUUUGUUUUGAAGAGUUUGAAUUGACAUUUGGGUGAGAAACGUGUGAAAAUGGUUCCUACGUUGCUCGAAAGGCGUCUGAAAACGUUAGCAUCUUGCCUAAAACAAUAUUUCAAGUGGGUCAGCUUGCCACAGACAAAGCCUACUGGCAAAUAUGGAACAAUUGACUGCUUUGCACUUCUGGAAAAUGUGAUCAAUACGUGGACAGUUACCCUUUGACCUCUUCUUUGUAUUGACUGUUAAUCUGCCCUAACUCUUCUGUCCAAAGGUCAUGUUAUGGACUAUGAUGGCUACUUCACACAUUUCGGGAAUUUUAUGUAAAGCUAUCAUCCAUGACACAACUUUGAAAAUAGUUACAUAAAGAACACUUUUUUUUUUGUAUUUUUUUUUUUUUUUUGUCAGAAGUUUGACUAUAACUAAAAGGUUUCAGAUCAGUAUUAAGCAGUAGUGUAUAUGGUCUCUAAAAGAGCUCAUUAUGGUUCUAAUAACAAUAAAACAUAGAUAAUAUACACCUUAA